UGGGCGUUUGUGAUUCGGCGUUCGACUUCGUUGCGUCGCGUCGCCGCUUUAUUUCUCUAAUCACAUCAUCUAGCCAUCAUCGAAAUAAUAGUUAAAAGUGGUAGUGUAGUGGGCACGAGCAAUUUCCGAAUGUGUUUUUUACGUUUAUAUCAGUUAAUAUUUCUAAAAUAAAGUGAAAUUUUACACGCCACGUGUUUUAAAUUUACAAGAUGAUUUCUCUUCGCUACACAAGGAAUCUUUUUCUGAGGUCUUUUUGUAUUAUUUAUCUUUUCGCUUUUAUAUCUUUUUAUGUACAAAUUCCAGGUUUAUAUGGAGAUAAUGGAAUUUUACCGGCGAAGUCGUUAUUAGAAAAUAGUAAACACAAAACUUUAUCAGCCAAAGUACAUUAUCAGCCAACACUACUUUGGCUUGCCCCCUACUUGGGUUUAGAUGUCAACUAUGCGUUGGACGUUUUAGCACUCCUUGGGAGUUUUUUAGCCUUUACUGGGUUUAUAUCACAGAAAUUUUGCACGAUUCCACUAUUUGCUGGGUUAUGGUCGUUGUACUUUUCACUGUAUCAAGUAGGCCAAGUAUUUGUUAGCAACCAUUACGACGAGUUCCUAUUGGAAGCUGGAUUUCUAACACUUCUUGUGGCACCUUUAUUGCCGGGACGCAGAAAAGGCUCUAAAGGCUCACCAAGUGACUCUGUCAGUUUUUGGCUAGUACGUUGGUUACUAUUCAGAUUUCUACUAACAUGUGGUCUAUUAAAAUUUAUCAGCGGUUGCCCUAAAUGGUGGAGUUUAUCUGCAUUUAAUUACUACUUUGAAACAUUGCCGUUGCCAACUCCCCUUUCCUGGUAUUUCCACCACAUUCCUGGAUGGUAUCUGAAAUUAUUUGCUGUUAUUACGAAUGUUUGUGAGAUUGGUUUACCAUUUCUUUUCUUCAUUCCUAUAAGAGCUGUACGCAUAACCAGUUUUAUUAUACAAAUCUUCCUACAGAUAAGUGUUGUAUUAACGGGUAAUUACAACUUUACAAAUCUGUUGCUCGUAACUCUUUUAUUAUCUCUGCUGGAUGAUCAGUUCUUCUACGGCCGGCGUAAACCCUUCACAAAAUGGACACUGAUCGAAAAAAUAAUAAACCUUCUUAUAUACGGUGCUGUUUGUCUGGCUGUAAUUAAACUGUAUUCAUUGAACUUAAACGGCACUAUUAUUGAAUCUAACAUUGGAUUUUCUAAAGAUCAGUUUGAACAAGUUCUGAAACAAGGACUCACGAUUACUAUUUACCUAGGAUUGCUUUCUCUGGGUAUAACAGCAUUGAGAGCAUUGUCACUCUCUUUAUUCGACUCUCAAGGUUCAGGUUCCAAAUUUUUGGUUACUAUAUCAACUCUGGUGUGUGCAGGAAUUGCUGGAUUGUUAUUUAUUUCAUCAACGGUUCCCCUGGCUUCCUUACAUUCGACUUCGAAUUCUUCAGUUCACACAAGCGUGCGCACUAUUUAUAACCGCUUGCAUAAACUACAUGCCGUUAAUCAAUAUGGACUGUUUCCUAAAAUGGUUGGAGUGGAUGGACGCCCAGAAAUUAUCCUUGAAGGAGCAGACAACCUAGAAGGUCCUUGGUUAGAAUACAAUUUCUUAUACAAACCAGGAAAUGUUAAUCAUUCAUUGCCGUUUGUUGCUCCCUAUUCACCCAGAUUAGAUUGGCAGAUGUUCUGGGCUGCGUAUAGCACUUACGAUAAGCAACCUUGGAUUCUGUCAUUGGCUCAUAGACUGUUGACUGGAAGACCUGAAGUGUUGGCACUUUUAGAUCGAUAUCAUUCUCCGUUUUCUCAAAAACCGCCAAAAUAUGUUAGAGGAAUUCUUUAUAAAUAUAAAUACACUUCAUGGAGCCAAAGAUCUCAACCGUCUUGGUGGGUUCGCCAAAAAGUGGGCGAGUAUUUUCCAGCAUAUUCAAAAGACUCUCCUGCUUUAGUAGAUUACUUAAAAGCCAGGAAUUUAUGGCCAACACCAAAAAAACAGGGAGUAAAUCCGCUAUGGAAGCAAGUUUUGGAUGGGAUAAGGUACGUCACAGGACAUCUUGAAGCUACCUUGUUACUGUGGUCAGUUUUCACGGCCGGAUGUGCCAUUAUUACAACUUCUGCGAAAAAAUAGGACUGAACGGACUCGUUAGAUUUUACUAUUUUUUUAAUUAUCGUGAAAAGAGUCUAGUUAUUAAAGAAAAUAAUUAUCUAA